AUGGCCAUUUCCCCUAUUCGCAGCACCGCGACCUCGACCUACACCGGUUCCACCAUCUCGCUCCCAAUUGCGCGCCAACAGUCCAACAAUACUGAUGGCAUGGGAGGCGUUGCCGUCAAGAAGGAGGGCUGGGCCUCAGUCAAGGAGAGCAAGAACUUCAUUCAGCCCUGGAAGCAAAAGUACCUGAUCCUCCGCAAAGAAUCUUUGGAUUUCCACAAGACGGAGGGUGGCAAAGUUUCAUAUACCCUCUACUUGCGGGACGUGGUCAAUGUUGGUCGAGUGGAAGCUGCGGGUACCAUCUUUGAGAUCAAGCGGAAGCCAGAUGGCUCAUCCAACAGCCCCGGCGAUGAUGACGGUCAAACCAAGACACUCCAAAUCAAGGUGAAGAGCGACGAUGAUCUCUACGAGUGGAUUGAUUUCAUCUACGGCGCCUGCCCCGGCAUGGGCGGUGUCAGCAACCCGACCAACUUCUCUCACGCCGUUCACGUCGGAUUUGACCCCAAGACCGGCGAGUUUGUAGGCUUGCCGCCAGAGUGGUCGAAGCUCCUCAACUCGUCUGCCAUCACCAAGGAGGACUACGAGCGUAACCCCCAGGCCGUCUUCGAGGUCCUAGACUUCUACACGGACCUUGCCAAGAGAGCAGAGAACCCUAACCAGUACUCCAGCCUCACCCCUACUCCCCCUGCUUCCAGCCAAGGAAACAAGCAGCUUGGAUAUGGCGGUGGUUCAUCAGUGGCUCCUCCUCGACCGGCGCCUCCUUCCAACGCGCCCCGGACUCCAGGCUACACCAACACUUCUCCCUCGAAUGCUCCUCGGCGCCCUGAGCGCCCUGACCGGCCUGAUCGCCCCCCGGUUGCGGACCAGCAGCAGCAGCGCCAACAGAUGCAGGCGAUGGCGCCCAACUACGUGUCACAGGAGGCUUUGAGAGAAGAGCAGCGCAAGAAGCAGCUAGAGGCCCAGCGACAGCGAGAGCAACGUGACAUCGAAGAGCAAAACCGUCGCGAUCUCGAGGCUUUCAACGCCGCUAUUCCCAAGACCAAGGUGCCUCUGGCUCAGCAAGAGAUUGGCGGCGGAUACAGCAGUGCAUCCCAGGCAGACCGCUACAACCCAACGAGAGCGGCUCCCCCUGCGCCAAAGCCCGCACAGUCCAACGGGCUCCGCGCUCAGAGAGCUGCCCCCUCUCCUCCAACUACAUCCGCCCAGCGGCCCCAGCUGGCCACUCAGCAGAGCUCGGGCGCGCUUCGAGACCCCUCUCAAGGGCGCUCUCGCAACGACAGCCCAGGUGGCCAUGCCAAUGCCCCUCGGUACCCCAACGGCAACCAAGCGUCGCAACCCCGACAGCCCCAGGCUCAGGCCCAGGCUUCACGGUUGCCUGCCCCUGUUAAGCCGCUCAAUGUUGCUCCUAAGCCUAGUCAGACUCAGCAGUCCGAUAGUGUCAAGGCUGCCGAGGCCGCACUGACAGCUAAACCCUCAGCUUCGGAGCGAAAGCAGGAUGUUCGCAUGUCCACCAUGUCUGAGAGUGAGGUCAUGGCCAAGUUGAAGGAGGCAGUGUCCAAGGACGACCCCAACCUGUCCUACUCCAAGCAGAAGAAGAUCGGACAGGGUGCUUCUGGAUCAGUCUACGUUGCCAAGAUCAAGGAGACUGCCGUAGGAAUCGCCCGUGAGGUGAUUCGCCAACAGGGACCUCGAGCCCAGGUCGCCAUUAAGCAGAUGGAUCUUGCUCAUCAACCCCGCAAAGAGCUGAUUGUGAACGAAAUCAUGGUCAUGAAGGACAGCCGACACCGGAACAUUGUCAACUUCUUGGACGCAUUCCUGCGCAACAACAAUUCUGAACUUUGGGUAGUCAUGGAAUUCAUGGAGGGUGGUGCCCUGACCGAUGUCAUCGACAACAACUCAUCGAUCUCGGAAGAGCAAAUCUCGACUAUCUGCCACGAGACAUGCCAAGGACUGCAGCACCUCCACGCCCAAAGCAUCAUUCACCGAGAUAUCAAGAGUGACAACGUCCUUCUAGACGCUCGCGGGAAUGUCAAAAUUACCGAUUUUGGCUUCUGCGCCAAGCUCACGGAGACCAAGUCAAAGAGAGCGACCAUGGUGGGUACUCCUUAUUGGAUGGCCCCCGAGGUUGUCAAGCAGAAGGAGUACGGACCCAAGGUCGAUAUUUGGUCUCUGGGCAUCAUGGCCAUUGAGAUGAUUGAAUCGGAGCCCCCAUACCUCAACGAGGAGCCUCUGAAGGCGCUGUAUCUUAUCGCUACUAACGGCACGCCUCGCCUCAAGAAGCCCGAGAAGCUGAGCAAGGAGCUCAAGGCUUUCCUUUCGGUCUGCCUGUGCGUGGACGUCAAGAGCCGCGCGUCGGCCGACGAACUCCUGGCCCACGACUUCCUCCGCCACGGUUGCCCUCUGAGCAGCCUUGCCGAUCUGCUAGCAUUCAAGAAGCACGCCAAAUAA